AUGCCCAACAAUAAGGAGAGCUCUCAUGCUACCGAGGCUCACAUUUCAGCUCAUGAUGCACAAGGCCCUGGCGUGACAUCCGAUACUGGAAGUCCAGGCGUCAAGCGGAUCGAGGCUCUUUCAUCUCACCUACAUAUCCUCGACCGUGUGUUCCUUUUCUGUGGAGUCUUCCUCAUUGCCUACGUCUACGGUCUCGAUGGCCUACUGCGGGGCACUUAUCAGCCAUACGCAACGGCGUCAUAUGGGUUACAUAGUGUGUUAUCAAGUGUCGAUAUCCUAAGAGCGGUUAUUGCAGCAGCAGCGCAGCCAACUGCAGCUAAGAUCGCCGAUGUUUUUGGGAGAGUGGAAUUGAUCUUGGUCUCAAUAUUCUUCUAUACUCUUGGGACUAUAGUUGAGGCGUCCUCGAGUACGGUCGAGCAGUUUGCUGCGGGCGCUGUGUUGUAUCAGAUUGGAUACACGGCUAUUAUCCUACUGGUCGAGGUUCUGGUUGCGGACGUCACUUCGCUUCGCUCUCGUCUGCUGUUCUCAUAUAUUCCAACACUUCCAUUCUUGAUCAACACUUGGAUUAGUGGAAACAUAACUGGGGCUGUUUUGGGAGUGACUACAUGGCGCUGGGGAAUCGGCAUGUUUGCAAUAAUCUAUCCAAUCUGCACGCUCCCUCUUCUCAUGGUACUUUAUAUUGUGUACCACAGGGCCAAAAAGGAUGGUACAGUAGAUCAUAUCGCAAGCUCCUUUCGGACUUUGGGUGUUCGUCGCCUGGCGAUUGAGUUGUUUUGGCAGUUGGACGUGAUUGGCAUUAUCUUGAUGAUCGCUUUCCUUGCCAUGAUUCUGGUACCUCUCACGAUAGCUGGCGGCCUGGAUUCCCAGUGGAAGAAAGCAAAGAUUAUCGUCCCUCUCGUUUUGGGGCUGUGUUGCAUUCCGGCAUGGGUUGUUUGGGAGAGAGCUUGCAAGCAUCCCAUGGUCCCAUUCAAGCUACUAAAGGAUAGAGCAGUCUGGGGUGCCUUGGGGAUAGCUGUUAUGCUAAACACUGCAUGGGCUCUUCAGAGUGAAUAUCUCUACACUGUCCUCAUUGUUAGCUUUGGCGAGAGUAUUACAAGCGCAACGAGGAUCAGGUCCCUUUACAGCUUUGCCAGCGUCCUCACCGGUUCCAUUCUAGGUAUCGUAGUAUUCAAGGUCAGGCGUCUCAAACCAUUCAUUGUUGGAGGUACAUUGUUGUUCAUGGUAGCCUACGGAAUCUUGAUCUAUUACCGCGGAGGGCCCACAUCAUCCAGUCAUUCGGGGAUAAUUGGCGGCCAAAUCCUUCUGGGUAUUGCUGGAGGAUUGUUUCCCUACCCUGCGCAGGCCAGCAUUCAGGCUGCCACCAAGCAUGAGCACCUGGCUGUCGUCACAGGAUUAUUUCUAGCCUGCUACAAUAUUGGCACUGCAGUAGGAGGAAGCAUUUCUGGCGCGGUCUGGACCCAGAUUCUCCCCGGAGAGCUAAACAGUAGACUCGGCAACGCCACAUUGGCCACUCAAGCGUAUAAGGAUCCAUUCACAUUCAGUGCUACUUACCCAAUUGGGACUCCGGAUCGCGAUGCCGUGGUGGCUGCCUACAAGCAUACACAAAGGCUACUGUGCAUUACCGGCAUUUGCUUGACCGUGCCGCUGGUUGCAUUUUCUCUCUGCACCCGCAACUUGGUUCUGACGAAAGAGCAAAGUUUCGCAAAUGCCGAAGAGGAUAGUGCUGAAGCUUGA